CCCUAUCUCAUACCAACGGCCUUGUGACCGAUCUUCAUUUUUUCCUUCUCAGUACUGCAACAACCCUUUCAUUGCAUAGUUCAGGAUUAAGUCUGUCUCACACAAGCAUGGAGAGCAAAGGCAAUGAUGCACUUCUGAAGAUGACGAAGGUGACGGAAUGGAGUUUGAACCAAGGCGGUUACCUUGCUAUAGCUUUCGGUGGCUUUAUGCUCCUUGGUUGCAUCACAGCUUACGUGGUAGCUGUUGCAAGGGGAAAUGUCGAUCCCUUCUUACCUCUUAUAAGUGACGCUGCUGGCUCACCUCCUCAAAAUGGCCUUUUCGGAACUUUGGUUUGCAUAGGAGGAAUGUUUGGUGUUGCUUUUAUGAUUCUGAGGUAUAUGAUUGUCCUAGAGCAGAAUCGAGAGAAGAGUAACGUGGUAACUAUUGUCAACAAACUCAGUCUCUUUGCUGGCAUCACAUCAAUGCUUGGAAUUACUUUAGUCACGGGAUAUCCUGUAAACUUCUACAGGAACAGAGACGUCUGGCUGAUGGACGUCGGUUUACCUCAUAUGAUUGGCGGGGUUAUGCUGUUUGCUAUGGGUCUCCUCUACAUUGCCUUACAAUGUGUUCUCACCCUUUUCCUGAAGACUAAGAAUCAGAUGACACUUUUCGUUCGAGUUGCAUUGCUCUUCAUCUGUACUGCCGCUUUCGUAUACCAUAUGAUAACAGUUCCUGACAACUUUGGUGGAAUUUCACAUCUAUAUUAUGUGAACCGCACAGAAAAUGAAUUGAACUACACAGGCCUAAUGGCUUACCCUCCGACGAUGGGAGCUAGCUUGAAACUGCCUAUCGAUACAAGUGGAUCAUAUAUUUCGAGUGCAAUCACAGAAUGGAUUCUCGUAUUUUUCUUCUGCUGUUUCUUUUUCACCUUUUUCAAUGAAGCACAGGAGUACUCAUUGUUAAUUGUCAUCGAGACUCAUUCUAAUCCCGAGCCCGAACCAACAGAAGAUCAAAUGCCUGAUCUUAGAAAGUUGUCAUUAGCUCAGAUUCAAAAUAAUCCUGAAUUGAGAAGAUUAUCAUUAGCUCAGCUUCAAAAGAAUCCGGAGCUGAGAAAGAUGUCUUUAGCUCAGAUUCAAAAUAAUCCUGAGCUCAGAAAGAUGUCCUUAGCUCAAAUUCAAAAUGGAAGUCAGAUAGAUGCGAAACCACCGCCAGAAGUAAGAAAAUUUUUAAGACGGGACAGUACCUGCCAAACAAUGACUGACACUGUAGAUAAUGUUAUUAUACCUACGAAAUUUAAAAAUGGCACGAAGAAGAGUGAUAAUAAGGCUGCCAAAACUCCUACAACUGAUAUCGCUAAUGGUACGAAUAAACUCGCAGAUUUUGACGUGGAUGCCAAACUGAAACGAUUGCUUAAUGAAAAUGAAGAUAUUGAAGAGCAAAAUGGCAAAGGAUCGGUAGAAACUUGUACCGAAAAUAACGUAUCAACUUCAUGUGAUGGUUCAACCACAACAAAAGACGAGACGAUAAAUAAAAAGAUGACAGAAAAGGAAGUUGAGGACCGUGAGGCUGAACAAAAUGCUAUAGAGAAAAUCGAUGUAGUAGUUAAAGAAGCUGAGGAUCAUGCAAAUAAUGUUGAAACAUCAGCUGCCCAAAAUAAAACAGACAGCCUUAAGAAAAGUGAUAGUGAUGAAGCACUGACAUCAGUUUGUCCGUUAUCCUUACAGUAGUAAAAUUCUAGACUCUGAACAAAUUGCCAUACAGAAGUUAGAUAAGAGAAUCUCAAGGCAGAAAGACGUACUUAAAAGUCAUAAUGGCUGAGUUAUAGUCAUCAGUUUGCUAUAGUAGUAUUUCUAUGCGACUCUAUACCUCAAGACUUAUGUAUGUCGCAGCUUGGGAAAUACUAUUAUAUUAACUCAUUAUCUGAUUGAGGCAUCAUUCUGCAAUAUUUUGUCAUACUUCUUAAUAUAUCAUAUAAAAGUUUUGUAUUUUUACGAGUAUCAAACGUAUAACUGCAUUGUACAUAUCAUGUACUCUUAUUCCAUUAUACCUGAAAAUCACUGAGUUCUAACUGAUAAUGUCUGCUUAUGUUAAAAAUAUUAAUUUGAAUGCGAAAAAGGUUGUAUUCCCUUUUAAAUCUUAAAGGAUUAAAAUUUGGAAAAUUCUGCCUUAGUUUGGCGUUGUUUUAAAGGUAAAGGCUUAUUGCGUUUCAUGAAAUUUGUCUAAUCAAAAAUGAAGAGCAUAAAUAAUUAAAAAAUAAAGUGUUAAUAGUCUUGAAAAGUAAUUUUUAGUUCUUUUCCUUUCCUCUUAUAUUUCCUCAAGAGAUGGCGCUAUACAUUUUUAUAUUUUUCAAGCUACUGAACAAGAGUACGCAUUGCUAUCAACGAAAAGAGACAUCUUCAGUUUACCUUUCUUAAAGUAUCGAGAUCUUUUAUCUUUUUUUCAUGCCAAAUUAAGGCCAAAUUACGCAUAAAAUUACUUACAAAAGUACUUCUAUGCGAAAAGUUGUCGAAUAAAAGUAAAUAAACAUUAUUAAAUUGUU